AUGGAGGGUCUCCGAAAAGAGCAAUUGUUCGGCCCGACAGAUGGUGAUGAUGUGAACGUGGUGGCUGGUCAAGAUGCCAGCGACUCCGAUUCAGACGCGGAUAACGAAGACGUGAUGAACGCCAACGAAGUGGUCCUAGUAGUAGAAGGUGUAGAAGAUCUAGAAGACGUGUCUUUGAAUGAUGACAUCCCCGAGGAGGGACUCUUUGACCUGACUAGUGGUGAUUUGCGAGACAUCGCGGAGAAUGGAUGGAUUACUUAUGCCGAAGCGGAAAGUGGGAAUCUCUGGAUGGACGCUGCAACGGACUAUUACGACGGACCGUGCGGACCCACACGGUCUGCGGUCGCAUACGCAGACUCUCCAUUGACCAUGUUCUUCUACUUUUUACCGAAGGAGCUAUGGAUUCGAGUUGCUGAUGAGACGAACCGCUACCGAGAGCAGAAUAUUGGUGCUGUGGCAUUAUCUCCCAAGUUGAGGAAAUUCAAGCGUAUUCAAGCUCAUGAGAUUUUGCACACGGGCUCUCCAACCACUGGAGAACUGAAGAAGAUGGAGCCAUUCCACGCGGGAUGUUCUCUCGCUUCAUGA